AUGUAUGACUCUGGCGUUCAAAAUAUUGGUGAGUAUACUAUGAUUUAUUCAGGUCAAUCAAGCAUCAACAAAACACGAAAUGCUCACGGAGUGGCUGUAUGUUUAAAUAAACAAGCAACAAUGGCAUGGCACAACAGUGGAAGUGUAUGGGAAGCUGUCAGUGAACGAAUUUUAAUGGUUCGACUUGCUACGUCUCCAGUCAAUGUUACAAUAAUUGCUAUAUACUCGCCGGUGAAUCCAAAUGGUCAACAACAUGGAGCGGAAGCAGUGGAAAUAUUUUACGAAGAUCUUCAGCGAAUCGCCGAUAAAGUUUCACCACACGAUCUACUUUUACUAAUGGGCGACUUCAACGCACGAGUAGGAAAACAACAACACCAGACAAGUGGCAACAUCGUUGGUCCUCAUGCAGUAGAUCGUAUCACUGAAAAUGGCGAACGAUUAAUAGAUUUCUGUACGGUAAGUGUAGAUAUAUUUCAGCAACAUGGUAAUGGUAUACAACGUAAAGAAUGGCUUACGGAUGAAAUUAUCGAGGCUGUAGAAAAGAAAGCAAACGCAUUUAUUCAAUGGCAAAAUCAUCGAGGCUCCAGGGCAGAACAAAGAUAUCUUCAAAAGUACCGAUUACUGAGAACACUUGUCAAAAAGAAGAUUCAAGAUCGACAAGUGCAAUAUUGGGAUGAACGAAGUCAAGACAUUGAAACGGCUAUGAAGAAGAAUGAUCCAGCGACAGCGUAUAGAUUAAUACGACAACUUAAAGGUAGGUGUGCAAAUAUUGAACAUCAUCCAGUACAAGACACCAAUGGACAGCUAUUAAUAUCUUCAACAGCAAGACUUACCCGAUGGAAGGAAUACUUUCAAGACCUACUCAACGUACCAACAAAGGUCAAUCCUCUCAUUAUACAACAAAUUACACCAGCCAUUAUACCAAGUCACGAAGAACUUCGACAAAGCAUGACACCAUCACUUAUUGAAGUGGAACAAGCUAUCAAUAAAAUGAAAAGUGGAAGAGCACCAGGAAUUGAUGAAAUUUCCGCUGACAUCCUUAAGGCAGCAAAAUUAAAGUACUCAUAA